CGUUUCCCCCACCAACCAAUCAGAGGCGGCCCCAGAGAGACCAGUCCUGGAACUUCGAACGUUCAUAAUAGAACGUCGCGGGCCCAGCGGUCGGAGCCAUGUGGCGGGGUCUGCGCUACUUUAGGCCGCUGCUUCUGGGCCUAGUUCAUGGAGAGGCUUCCCAUGGAGCCAGGAGAGCCGCCCGGGUGAUCGCGACGGCUCCCCGCAUCCCCUCCUUCUUGGGGUCGCGGGGGCUCAGCAGCCUGGGAAGCCCAGAACUGUUGGAGGCUGGAGCUGAAGAGACGGACUUCCAAGCAGAGGAGGACGGGAAUGAGCAGGAGCACCUGACUCGUCCAGAUCCUGGUUCUUCACGGUUCAGCUUUGAGGAUAUAGUGUCAUUUCUGAGACAAGAAAAUGCCAAAGACAUUUGCGCUAUCCAGUUGCCUCCAGAAAUGAAAUACAGCAAUUAUUUUGUCAUUGUCAGUGGAUCAUCUCCAAGGCACCUCCACGCCAUGGCACAUUACCUGAUGAAAAUGUACAAGCAUUUGAAGACAGACUGUGAGCCUCAUGUUGUGAUAGAGGGGAAAGACACCGAUGACUGGUUGUGCAUAGAUUUUGGCCAUACCGUGGUCCACUUCAUGUUGCCAGAGACACGUGAAGUCUACGAAUUGGAAAAGCUGUGGACACUCCGAUCUUAUGAUGAUCAGCUAGCACAAAUGAUCCCUGAAUCUAUGCCAGAGAACUUCAUACUUGGGAUGAAUCCAGAAGAGGAAGAAUUAGCCUCUAUAUAAGAAGAAAAGACAGCUUUACAUAUAUAAUGAUGCUGUUUGAAGUUGACUGGACAUUUGAUGCCAGAAAGAGAGAGCGUAACUGUUGGCAGCAAUGUGGUCAUGAACUCAACUAACAAUCUUAUGGAUUACAUGUGUACAAAAUAAUUUUCUAAGGAAAGCUUGCAUAUAAUGCCAAAAAAAGUCAUGGAAACCAAAGGCCACAUAUGGGCAAAAGUUGGUGAGAAUCUAGUCAUUGUUCCCAUUACAGUGGCUUCUCCUGGAUAUCCCUUUUUAAGAACUAAGAUUUGGCUGAUGACAUUCUGUCAAAAAAAGUGCUGAUCAGUAAGAUCAAAAUAAAUAUAACUGUUUUGGGAGGGUUA